AUGGCUUCGGAGUUCUUCUUCAAAGAAAGACACUUUGGUGGUGGUGGAACGUGCAGAUUCACGUUCAAUCGGUCGAUAACGAGUUGUCUCUCUAACUCACAAUCAGACACAUGGAGGACAUAUACUGGGAGCAGUAGAUUGUGUCCUUGCCAGAGGAGGAAACUACUUCUUGGAUUCUAGAAUCAGCAUCUCGCUCAUCCUUCCGGUUAUUGGACGACCGCUCUACCUCCUGAGCUACUGCCGUCUAAAAACCUUUCACUUGUUUGUCGUUCGUGUUUUAUUUUGAAAAGAAGCCGGAUGUUUUAUUUUGUGUCUGUGCCCGACUUCCUUUCCAGCACGGGUUAAUCUGUGCUGAAUUUAUCCGCCAUGCUCCGGCGUCCAGAAAAAAUAGAACUCUUGUGAUCAGCUGAGGAGUCCGGCGAUCCGCAGAGGAACGGAAAGAAGUCGGUGUAAAUUGACACGUUAACUUGAAUGGUUACGAUCAGCUACGAUCGGAGGAUACGACCUUUUUGUCGCCAAGCCCGAUACCUCCGAAGUCAAGGCUUACUUUCACCAAAGUAUAAAGGUUGUCAUUAUUAUGUUUGUGUUUUUUUUUACGCGUAAUAGAAACAGGAUUAUGUUGAUCAGGAUCUGCUCAAAGGUAGAAUUAAACUGACAGGUUUGCUUAAACUUCAGCUUCAAAAAGAGCUUCAGGUGUGCAGAAGGAAUCAUCUGUUUGCUGAAGGUAAAUGGAAGUGGGUGUCACGGCUGUUCCCUCAGAUCAAGCCUGGAUUAAACGUCUCUUUUAAAAGGUUAAAUUAGAGCCCGAGCUGAGCCGGCGUGCAGAUGUUCCUCUUGACUCGAGCUGUAACGUGUGACGGCGUCGGAGGAUCAGUCAGAAAAGCAAACCUGGAGCUGGCUCUGCUUUAUCAGAGGAAAUCAUCAGCCUUUAAUAGUUUUUUAAUGAGUUUGUGGAAUGCACUCUGGCGACAGUCUAAUAAAGGACGAGCUCUGCAGAGACUCGGGCUGAAUAAUGUAUAAGGGCAGAGGUAGCGCUAAUGAAAAGAUGAUGAGAGGCAUUCCUGCGAGAGGGAGAGAGCGAGAGGAAAAAGGUGCCAGGAAAAAGUUGAAAGAGAGGCCCAAUUAAUCUUCAUGUGCUUACAGAAGAAAUUAAACAAAGGCGGGAAAAAGGACGAGCCGGAGAAUGGCAGUUUGAGGAGAAAAGAAAGCAGGAGAGUCGCAGAGCUGGAAGGGAGCGCCGAGGUGAACAAAGAGACUCGGAGAGAUUCGUUUUAAUGAUUUCAGCCGACGGAGGAAAAAGCAGGAAAAGACUCCUAAAGGAAAGUUACGUCAACUUAGAGGAGCUUUAAAACUUCCUCUGUGGGGUCAGAAAACUCACCUGUGUGAGGGAUGAGGAAGCAGGGAAGGAAGUGAGAAGGAAAGGUGUGAAUGAUGUUGAGGUCAAGAGAAAUAAAAGGGAUGACAGAGGUUUAAGGUACGAGGAGGAAGGAAGGAGAAUCAGGGAGGAGCUAUAGGAGUGAGGGAAGAGAAUAAGGAGGUAGGAGAGGGAAAGGGAGGAAGGAAGUAAAGGACAUAAAGAAGCUUGAAAGAACGCUAAUCUGCUCCGGGAACGUGUCCUCCUCCCCAACACUAGGGGGCGAUAUGGGUCUUUUCAGUGGCGCCGUUUCCGAACCUUUUUAAAAAAUGUCUCCGUUCCUCGUUUUAUGACCGUCCAUAUACUUUGAAAUGUCCAUUUCUGUCAGGACAGGAAGUAUAACGGCGCUCUCCUCGUCGUUCCAAAAGUGGAAAUUUUUCGUGCUUCAGCGAUGUCGCAGUUGCUUCUGAGUCAAAGUUCUUUAAAUGAUAGCCGGACUAAGGUGUUUCCAUGACCUUCAGUUGUCCGGUCUUAAUCGGAAUAACGCGAUAAUUCGGUUUUCUUGAGUUUUUACAUUUCCAGACCCGUUCAGAAAACCACAAGAACAUCAGUUUGUGUUUCAGGUUCAGACUGAAGGAAGUCGAAGUCUCAGCUUCAGUGUAAACGAGUGUUCACAGUGAAGCUUCAGUCUAAACGAGUGUUCACAGUGAAGCUGAGACUCCUCAGAUGAACAUAGACCAGGAAAUAUCGGCGUUUGUUCGCAGACUUAUCCAGAGGUAAAUGCCGCGACACUUUCUUCCACGACACUUCGUCUUCCUGAGUUUUUAUUGGACUUUAACGAUUAGAAAGGUUCAUUUUAGCUGUUAGGAUGGAGGAGGCAAGGAAGGACUCAAGGAGGUAGGAAAGUAAAGGAAAAGGAAGGCUGACCUUAUUUCUGUUCUCACAUUUCACAGCUGACUUCCUGACUUCAUACGAACAUCAGACAUUCGUUCAGCUCUCCUGGUCUGUAUCCUUCAUCGGUGAUCUCCUCUCAUUAAUUCUCUUCCUGUCGUCCGUCGGUCCGUCUGCCGCCAUAUCUGUGACGUCACACCCAUGUGACCUCCUCAUGAACAGGAAUCAAACACGCGUGAAGAAUCAGCCGCACGCUGCACCUGAGCCGCCUCCGAUGAACCCGGGUCAGACGUCAGGUCAGGAGGAGGCGAGUGUUUGAUCAGAGAGAGAGGGAGAGAGAGAGGGAGAGAGAGAGAGAGAGAGAGAGACAGGGAGAGAGAGAGAGGGAGGUGAAGCGAGAACAGGUGUGUGGGGGAAAGGAAAGGAAAAAGGAUAUAAGAAAGGAAACAAGGGCUAAAGGAGAAGUCGAAGGAAGUGAGAAAUGAACAUGAUGGAAACAUGAAUUACAAUAUUUUCUCUUUUUUUAUCCAUACAAAGAAAUAAGAGACGCUCAUCCGUCUGUAUAAACCAGUUCUGAUGUCAAAGGAUGCUAGGAAAGAAGGAUAGGAGAUAUGGGAAGGAGGUAGGAAGCCUGUGGAGUAAAGAGGACGACCAGGAAAGACAGACUGAGGAGCAUUAAGUCAAAACAGCGGAAAAUACUGAAAGUGUUCAAGCUGUCACCUAAUAAACAUACAGGGUGAAUUAAAAACAAUAAAUGGGAGUUACUACUGCCUCCAUACUGUAGGGGGCGCCAUGAGCCAACACCGAAUAUCUAGAUUCCACACCUGUUGACCAAACAAGCUGAUGAUUCACUUUUAUCAUACGUGUUAAAAAAAGAUGCAGAGUGAAGAUUGGAAAGACAGACGCUGUAUUUUGACUUCAUGUUUACAGGAAUAUUAACGACAACUGCGUAAAGUGAAAUGAUCAGUUACACACCGACAUAACGAGUUGUCUCUCUAAAGACAGACACAUAGACAUAUAAGCAGUAGAUUGUGUCCUUCCAGAGGAGGAAAUCUACUUCUAGACUUCUAGAAUCAGCAUCUCCUCAUCCAUGGUGUCAUCGGGGUGAAAUGACGUCUAAAAACCUUUCACUUGUUCGUCUCCACCGGAGUGUUUUAUUUUGAAAAGAAGCCGGAUGUUUUAUUUUGUGUCUGUGCCCGACUUCCUUUCCAGCACGGGUUAAUCUGUGCUGAAUUUAUCCGCCAUGCUCCGGCGUCCAGAAAAACUAGAACUCUUGUGAUCAGCUGAGGAGUCCGGCGAUCCGCAGAGGAACGGAAAGAAGUCGGUGUAAAUUGACACGUUAACUUGAAUGGUUACGAUCAGCUACGAUCGGAGGAUACGACCUUUUAGGAGACGAUCAGGAUGAAGGUGGAGAUUGUAAACAUAAUAACCAUAAUGACCUUGUCCUUAUAUUAAUUAUCCGUAAACCAGUUUUGAACAGGACUGCUGUCAUGCAUGAAAAAUGUGGGUCGGAUUGAACAUUGUCGGUUGGAAUCAUAAUAACUUCAUGUUUUAAAAGUCAACAUGAAAACUGUCUUUAAAUUGAAGUGUAGAAACACCGACUUUAGCUGAGGAUGUUUCCACACGUGGAGUCGACUGAACAGUGAAAAUUUAAGUCUGUGUUUUAAAGCAAAACAGAAAAUUAGUCUUUAUAUUUACACGAGACCUGCUCUGGUGAGGACUGUUAUCAUAAUCAGUAGAUCUGGAUCAGAAUGAACAUGACAAACAGGAAUCACACUAACGAAUGGUUUUUAGGCAAAACACUAAAAUUAUCCUCGUAUGGACACCGACUGAGGCAAGGUCGGUCAUCAUACACGAAAAAUAAAAUCAGAUUAAACAUCAAAAAUAAGUUUCAAACCCAAACAUCAAACUGGUCUGAAUAUUGACGCACAGACCCGCCUUUGGAGAGCUGUUUAUUGACAGGAGGAGCAUCAAUUACUGGUCAGGGUCCUGGAACUGAGUUUGUGCUGACAGGAGGAUGGGCUAGGAAGGUUAAAGGAGGAAGAAGAAGGAGUUAAGGAAAGGAAAUGAGGAUUCAGUUUUGAAAAAAGAAGGGACAGAGAGAUUUUGAGGGGACAUGGGAGGACGGGCGGGGGAGUGAAAAGGUUUCUCUGGAGGCCGAGUUAUAGACAGUUUGAUGAGUUUCAGACAGAGCCGCGUUGAUGGGCAGCAGUUUUUAACUUCACUUUGCUCCCUGUCUUUUUUAGGACGGUGAUUAAACUGUAAUGAAAGUGUGGCGAGCGGAGCGGUGGGAGGUCGGGGAGCGAGGAUUAACGCAGAGGUUAUCUCGCCCAGGUGGAAAGAUCACCUCUCAUUUCCAUAAACUGCCACUUACUGCGGGCACCGCCGUGCUCAGCCCCCUCUCGUACCUGCUCAUUUAUUCCUCCUCAUUCAGCUGCCAGGGGUCAGAGGUCGCGGUCCGAUAAGUCGCUGCGACCUCGGGGGUGGCGUUUGUUCGAGGUUCGCCAACUGACGAGCCUGAAUUACCGCAAAGGAGGAGGAAAAUAA